AUGGCCGCCCUGAGUGAAGUCUCGGGCCACAUCUGGAAAUCCGUCCUGCUGCUUGUGACGGCUCUUUUCAUAUAUAUCGGCACACUGAGCUACCGUUCAUGGAACCGUCUCAGACAUGUCCCUGGGCCACCAGGUGCCGCCUUCAGCAAGUGGUGGAUGCUACGUAACACACUGGGUGGGCAGAUGCAUCUCGCUCUCAAGCGGGCCUGUGAUGAAUAUGGCCCGGUCGUCCGCGUCGGUCCCAAUGACCUGGUAACCAAUGACUCGGAUCUCCUCCGCCGCAUGUGGGCGGUUCGCUCGCCAUACUGCAAGGGUGCUUUCUAUGAGGCCGUUAGAUUCGACCCGGCCAGAGAUAACCUCAUCUCUAUGAGAGAUGACCAUGAGCACAAUGAGCUGCGAGCUAAGAUGGCCAUCGGCUACUCGGGCAAGGAGAACGAAGACCUGGAAGCCACCAUCGACAGGCAAAUACAAGCCUUCAUCAGACUCAUCGAGGAGAAAUAUGUCUCGACAGCAGAGUCUUUCCGCCCCAUGGACCUAUGCAGAAAGGUCCAGUACCUCACGCUGGAUGUCAUCACUUCGCUGGCUUUUGGCUACCAUUUCGGCUACGUUGAACAAGACGCCGACGUCCACCAGUACAUCCAGAUGACGGAGCAGAGCAUGCCCGUCAUGAUGACGCUCUCCGUGUUCCCGCUGUUGGCAAAGUGGCUCCAGUCGCCCCUAUUUCGCCGCGCCAUGCCGUCGGAGCAUGACCGCGUGGGAUUCGGCAAGUUCAUUGCUGUUGCAAAGAAGGUGGUGUCGGAGAGACUGAUGUCGGACAAGACGGUGAAGCGGCGAGACAUGCUCGGGUCGUUCCUCACACAUGGGUUAACCAGAGAGGAGGCCGAGGGCGAGACACUGGUCCAGAUCAUGGCCGGAUCCGACACCACAGCGACGGCGAUCCGAACGACGAUGCUGUACCUUAUGACGUCUCCUUCAUGCUACUCGAAGCUCGCCAGGGAGGUUCGGGAGGCAGCCCAGUCGGGCGCAAUUUCGUCACCUACCACCAACAGUGAGGCUGGUAAUCUCCGCUACCUUCAGGCUGUCAUCAAGGAGGGCCUGCGGGUUUUCCCUCCCGUCACGGGUCUCAUGUCGACGACGGUUCCAAAAGGCGGCGACUUCAUGCACGGUAUGAGCAUUCCCGAGGGCACGGAUAUCGGAUGGACAGCGUUUGGUGUGCUCCGCUGCAAGGCAGUUUACGGCGCGGACGCGGACGUCUUCCGGCCGGAACGGUGGCUCGAAGCGGGCGAGGACCAGCUCAAGAAUAUGGUGGCGCAGUGGGAGCUGGUGUUCAAGUAUGGCAAGUGGCAGUGUCUGGGCAAGACAGUUGCUCUCAUGGAGCUGAACAAGGUGUUUGCCGAACUCCUUCGCCGAUUCGACUUUUCCCUGGUGGACCCGGCUACACCGUGGAACUCAUUUUCGGCGGGUAUUUUCAUCCAGUCCGACCUCUUAGUGAAAGUAAGCAAGCAUGGUUAG